AUGGCCAAGAGCCGCGGGGGCGGCGGGCCCGGCUCGCCCGGCGGCCGCCACCACAGCCUGGCUGGGACCCGCGAGAGCCUGGCCGAGCCGGGCGGCGACGAGCUCAGCUCCCUCGGAUCCGACUCCGAGGUUAACGGCGGUGGCCCCGAGGAGCGGCGCGUCGACAAGUUCGGCUUCAUCGUGGGCAGCCGCAGCGCUGAGGGGCCGCUGGAGGAGGUGCCCUUGGAGGUGCUACGGCAGCGGGAGUCCAAGUGGCUGGACAUGCUCAACAACUGGGACAAGUGGAUGGCCAAAAAACACAAGAAGAUCCGGCUGCGGUGCCAGAAAGGGAUCCCACCCUCGCUGCGGGGCCGAGCCUGGCAGUACCUCUCGGGCAGCAAGGUCAAGCUUGAGCAGAACAUCGGCAAGUUUGACGAACUGGAUCUCCUCCCAGGGGACCCGAAGUGGCUGGACGUGAUCGAGCGGGAUCUCCAUCGGCAGUUCCCCUUCCACGAGAUGUUCGUCUCACGUGGAGGCCACGGGCAGCAGGACCUGUUUCGGGUGCUGAAGGCGUACACGCUGUACCGCCCGGAGGAGGGCUACUGCCAGGCCCAGGCUCCCAUCGCCGCCGUCCUGCUCAUGCACAUGCCGGCCGAGCAAGCGUUCUGGUGCCUGGUGCAGAUCUGUGAGAAGUACCUCCCCGGCUACUACAGCGAGAAGCUGGAGGCCAUUCAGCUGGACGGGCAGAUCCUCUUCUCGCUGCUGCACAAGGUCUCGCCCGUGGCCUACAAGCACCUGAGCAAGCAGAAGAUCGACCCCAUCCUCUACAUGACAGAGUGGUUCAUGUGCGCCUUCUCCCGCACGCUGCCCUGGAGCUCCGUCCUGCGCGUCUGGGACAUGUUCUUCUGCGAAGGGGUGAAGAUCAUCUUCCGGGUGGGCCUCGUGCUGCUCAAACACACCCUGGGCUCCUCGGACAAGCUCAAGUCCUGCCAGGGCCAGUACGAGACCAUGGAGAGGCUGAGGGCCCUCAGCCCCAAGAUCAUGCAGGAGACCUUCCUGGUGCAGGAGGUCAUCGAGCUGCCGGUGACGGAGCGUCAGAUCGAGCGGGAGCACCUGAUCCAGCUGAAGAAGUGGCGGGAGACGCACGGGGAGCUGCAGUGCAAGUCCCCCCCGCGCCUGCACGGCGCCAAGGCCAUCAGCGAGGCCGAGCCCCCCACCCGCAAGGCGCUGGAGCCCGUCCCCUCCAUCAUCGUGCCCCCGGGGCCCGCCCCUGUGCCCAAGGCCCACAAGAGCAAGGAGAAGAGCAGAGCAAAGGGCCCGGCCAGCCCUGCCAACGGCCCUGGGGCCGAGGGCAACGGGGCACCCGGCUCGGCCCGGGAGCUGCUGCGCCCCCAGGUCUCCCCCCACCACCAGUCCAAGGAGAGCCUGAGCUCCCGGGAGAGCGAGGACACAUACUUGUAG